AUGGCGUGCCUCCUCGGCCACUUGAGCACGCCGUUGCCGGCCGUGGCUCUGAGCCCCAGCCGCCUCCCGCCGGUGUACUUACGCCUCCUGGCGCCAACCGACGCUGCCCACGAGGCGGAGCGCUUUCCGGUGGGUUGGUUUGGCCUCGUCCACGCGGCGCUCUUCCGCAGCUGCGGCUGCCCUCCAGCAACAGGGGCACCGCAGUUUUUGCUCUCGGCCUUGUCCCUCACGCUGCUGUGCCCCCUGGCGGCCCCCACGAACCGUCGGGAGUUGCUGCUGCAGGAGCUUCAGAGCCUCGUCCUCGCCGCGGCGCGCGAAAAGCGUGGGGUCAGCAGCGCCACCGCCACCGGCGCCCAGCUGGCGGUGCGGUCGGCGUUGCAGGCGGGACACGUCUCUGCCACGACGCUCAGCGCUAUCGUCGAGUCAAUGGCGCGGGAGGAGUCCCGCGGCCAGCUCACGCGUGGCGCCGCUGAGCUGCUGUGCCGCAUGAUGGCCAGGACCUGCGAGGGGCAGCCGGGGGAGCCAGUGGUGCCCUUUGCCCUCUCCUGUCGCGCCGUGGAAUACUUUUUUCCUACUCGCAGCAAGGCCACUCGCGGCGGCGGCGGCAGCAGCAGCGGUCUUGCCAUGGACAUUCUUUUGCCGGCGCUGCAGUCCAUCCUGGCGAAAGGUGGAAGCAGCAGCAGCCACACGAACAAGAAAAAGACGGAAAAUGACGCGGCCGUCGCGGUGAGUGCUGCGGCUGCAGAUUUCCUGCAGGCUGUAUCUCUGCGCGGAGAAAUUGGGACGCUCGCGGACGCUGGCAACGACGCCGUCCUGCAGCUUUGCCUGGGGCUCAUCAAGCACCCGUUCCUCCGCGUCGUUGGCGGGCGGGUGCGUCCUGUGUACCGUCAUGCCCUCACCGCCUUCGCCAACGCACUGAGCCGCGGGCUGGAGGGGCGGCAGUCAAGCUCCGUACUCUUCAUCCCGCAGGGAGGCAAGGGAAAAUCCGCAUCGGCGGCGAAGGCGUCUUCACCCGGCGGGUGUAAGGUGGCCAACAGCGAGAAUUACUUGCGCCACGUCGCGGCGGCAGUUUCCGACACCUUGCUGAGCGACACCGCCUCACUCAACCGCCUCGGCGGGGAUGCGACACUUCUCCUCUCCGGCACACUUGGCGGCUACCACCGCCUCUUCCUGCCGUGGCUCUCGCGGCUCCUCCAGCAGUCCGCGCCAGAUCUCGCUGUCGUGGUGGAGGUGAUGGAGGCACUUGCGGCGCCGGCGACGGAGAUGGCGGACGCGUGGGAGCCACCCUCGUGGUGUGCGCUGCACAGCCCCCUGUCCUUUGCGGACGCACGGCGCCUGCUGCAGCUGUGCGGCAAGGUGUGUGGCGCCGCCCACGCUGAGGCGGGGCGGUGGUGCCCGCGAGAGAAGCAUGCUCUUCAGGCCCUGCGGCUGCUCUGCAGCCUCAUCACGGUUAGCCCGUCCGUCCGCUUUGACGACGACGACGACGACGACGGCGCUUCCCCGACGCUGUUUGCGCUCAUUGAUGGGCUGCUGGAGGCCUUCCCGCUCGGCGGCUUGCUGCCGCUCCUGGCGGAGGCGGACGCCGUGGACCAGCCGCAGUUCCACCACUGGGUCUUUGUCUACAUUCGCCGCCUGGUGGACCUCUGCGCCUCCUCGCCGCAGGCGCUGAAUGAGGGGCAGCCGCACGGCGCCGCCCGUGUCAGUCGAACCCUCGUCAAACAGUGCGUCACGCUGAUGGCCGUCCUGCUCGUCCCCGACGUUGCGGCGGAGGCGGAGGCGGCGGCGGCGGCCGCGCUCUCCCGCCACCGCAUCGACACCAUCGCCGAGCUCCUGCGCAUCGUCUCGCCUCUGUUUGUGCCGGCCUCGGCCCCGGGGGCCGGGUUGGCGGGCUCGCGCGCCGCCGCCGGACGCACGGCGCUGCACAUCCCCGUGGUGGCGCUCCUCAUCCACCUGGAGGCCGUCGACUUCGCCGCCGCCGCCCACCGCUACGAGAGCGCGACGGACGUCUGCAGCAGUUUGCUCACAAGCCUCGACGUGCACACGCAGCUCAGCUGCCUCACACAGAUGAUGCACCUACUUAUUGAUCCGCACCGGCAGCUUUCCGUCGCAGCGACGCAGCAGCAGCAGCAGCAGCAGCCGGGGGACGCGGAGGCGGAGGAGGACGCCGUCGUGAAACUGUUUC